GACAAAGUUGUAAACUAACUCCCGGUCUUGAGGCAUGUUGGCUUCCUGUACUUUAAGAGGACUUCCCCUACUACUGGCGCUCCCUUUUGUUACCAGCAUGAUAGCUACCAUCGUGCUCGUAGCCGCCACUCGACUGCGAAGAACCGCCGCAUGAAGCCUUCCCUCGCUUGGAUGUGAAGCGAGUUUCUAUUUCUCUUCUUUUGACGGCGAUCUACUACGGAAAACAUGCUCGCCACCCCUCCGGGCAGUCUGGAGGACCUGAGAACAGGGUCCGUCUCUGCCCCCCCGGUGAUCAGUGCACCGCGAGUCCACUUGGACCAAGGUCAAACACACCUUGAUCAAGGUGUGUUUGUCCGUCCCAGUGGUAAGGUGUUGAUAUCAACACCUUGGCACUGUUUUUUCUUCCACGUUUCGUCAACCGUCUCGGAGCGAAUCUUCAACGGUGACGUACCACUGAAAACAUGUUCGCCGCGCACGGGACAGUCUGGAGGACUUGGGAACAGGGCCCGUCUCUGCGCAUUGCAAGUCCACUUGGACCAAAGUCAAAGACACCUUGACCAAGGUGCGUUUCAGCACAAGUAUCAAGAGGGUGUUGUCAACACCUUGUACGAUUUUUUCGAUUACCCUUGGCCAACCGAUCCGUUCUUUUCCCGUUCCCCUUCACCAACCGUCCAGGAACGGAUCGGACCCAACGCCAUUGACGAUUGCUGGCCAUGA